UAUUUAUUGUGAAGAGUAUAGUGAGUUUAUGAUAAUUUUCGUUUGAAACUCAUAUAAAAAAAAUUAUAAAUCGAAUAAAUAAUUAAUCUGUAUAAAUUAAAAAUUACAAAUGAGCUACCAAGACAGUGGAGAAGAGCAAGGUGGAGCUUAUUCAAAUGAAGUGGGCUCAUUUCCAAGAGAUUUCGGAUACACACCAUUUUCCGAAAGUGAAUGUAAUACAUCAUUGAAUAAUGAUGAACAAAAGCCACGUAUUUUAUUGAUGGGUUUACGAAGAUCAGGAAAAAGUUCUAUUCAGAAAGUGGUUUUUCAUAAAAUGUCACCGAAUGAAACCUUAUUUCUUGAGUCAACCAAUAAAAUUGUUAAGGACGAUAUAAAUAACUCAAGUUUUGUACAAUUUCAAAUUUGGGAUUUUCCAGGUCAGAUAGAUUUUUUUGAUCCUGGAUUUGAUUCUGAAAUGAUAUUUAAGGGCUGUGGUGCCUUAGUAUUUGUCAUCGAUGCCCGUGAUGACUACAUUGAAGCUCUAACGAAAUUGAAUAAAACUGUUUUAAAAGCACACGCUGUGAAUAAACAGAUAAAAUUUGAAGUUUUUAUUCACAAAGUUGAUGGCAUAAGUGAUGACCUAAAAAUGGAAACACAACGUGAUAUACAUCAACGCGCAUCAGACGACUUGGUUGACGCUGGAUACGAUCGCAUACAUUUGAGUUUUCAUUUAACAUCAAUAUACGACCACUCUAUUUUCGAAGCAUUUUCAAAAGUUGUACAGAAGCUAAUACCACAAUUGCCAAAAUUGGAGAAUUUAUUGAAUAUCUUCAUAACUAAUUCGGGCAUUGAAAAGGCCUUCCUAUUUGAUGUGGUUUCUAAAAUUUACAUAGCAACCGAUAGCUCACCAGUGGAUAUGCAAUCCUAUGAACUUUGUUGCGACAUGAUAGAUGUUGUCAUCGAUUUAUCUUCAAUAUAUGGUUCCGAUUCUGGAACAGCUUUCGAUGAUCAAAGUUCAAGUCUGAUCAAAUUGAAUAACAGCACCGUCCUGUAUCUGAGGGAAGUAAAUAAGUUUCUUGCCUUAGUUCUGAUCCUUCGAGAGUAUAGCUUUAGUCGCCAAGGAGUUAUUGAUUUCAAUUUCCUUUGCUUUAAAGAGGCAAUCCACAAAGUUUUCGAAAUAAAAAAGUGUGCAGAAAUCUAUGAAGAGGAUGAUGUCGAGGAGGAAGAUGUUGACGAAGACAACUUAGAUGAAACUGCAGAUGAUGAACCUUUUGACCGAAGCCAAUACAUUCAAACCAAAUUUGAGUCAUAAAGUGUUUAAAAAAAUCGAUUAAGACAUAUGCAUAUAAAAAAAUUCUGAAUAAAAUUUAUGGAGUUGUUUACUGUGACAUAAAAUCAAA